AGAUUCACACACAUAUAUAAAAGAAAAACCAGUAAGCCAACAACCAACCAAAUUGUGAACUGUUAUAGAUCCAAACGCUGUUACUUUUGUGCUUAGUCUUCUUCUUCUUCUUCUUCCUUAGUGUGAAAUGGAGAGCAAGAUGUUGUGGUACCCAUCGCAACAAAUGGAUCCAAAGAUAUGGAGCCGUAUGCCUGAAGAUCUACUGGAACGUGUGCUUUCAUUUCUUCCAUUGAAGACCUUCUUGAGCUUGAGAUCAACUUGCAGACACUUCAACUCCCUCGUCUUCUCCCCUCCCUUCAUCUCCAAAUACUCUCCAUCUUCUUCACCUUCUUCCUCUGGCUUUUCCUCGUUUUUCUUGCUUUCCCACCCGCAGUUUUCCCGGAAAUACCCUCUGUUCGACACCGUCCACAACAACUGGCGCAACCUGUCGGUCUCCCUCUCCGCCGCGCAGCCGCCGUGCGGCUCCUCCUCCGCUCUGCUCUCCUCCUCCAAUGGCCUCCUCUGUUUCUCUCACCCAACCUCAAACUCCUUCGUUAUAUCCAAUCUGUUAUCGCGCUCUUCCAGGCUCGUCAAGUUCCCGGCUUUGCCCUUCUCCUUCGACUCAAUCACGCUCGUCUCCAUGCCCAGCGGUAAUUACAAGAUCCUCGUCAUCAAAUCCUCCAUGGGAUCCUCAAAGACAACCUUCGUCUACGACUCCUCGUUUCAUUCCUGGGAAAAGUCCGAGGAUUUCGACCUCAUCUUCAGCAAUUACAUUCACCACCAAGAAGGCGUUCCCCAUCAGGGCUCCUUAUAUUUCAUCACCCCCGAGCCUUUCCACGUUCUCUGCUUCGAUUUCCAGACCGGGAAGUGGCGGAGGGCCGCCAUUGAUCUCCCCGCCGACCUGUCGUUCGCGCGGCUAGUGAGCGACGGGGACGGGAAGCUAUUCCUGAUCGGCGGGAUCGGGAGGAAUGGGAUUUCGAGGAGCAUGAAAGUGUGGGAGUGGAACGAAGAUGAGGAGAGGUGGAUGGAUGUGGAAGACGUGCCGGAAAUGAUGUGCAAGAAGUUUUUGUCGGUGUGUUACCAUAACUAUGAACAUGUUUAUUGUUUCUGGCAUCAAGGAUUGGUCUGCGUUUGCUGCUACACAUGGCCGGAGAUCUUGUACUUUAAGGUUUCGAGGAAGACGUGGCAUUGGCUCCCCAAAUGUCCCUCCUUGCCGCUCAAAUGGAGCUGUGGAUUCAAGUGGUUUUCCUUUGUUCCUGACCUAUAUUCCUUUGUUUAGCUCUUUUAAUUAAUUUGCAGUUUUGCUUACAGUAAAUCCAAAUUCGUCUACAGGGUUAGCUCCCUCCACACAUACAUAAAGUGUUAAUUUUUU